UUGCUGAAGUUUUCCGAUGUUUUAUUUGUAUGGAGAAAUUGCGGGAUGCACGCCUGUGUCCUCAUUGUUCCAAGCUUUGUUGUUUCAGCUGUAUUAGGCGCUCCGCUCCAGCUACGAGAACUAGUAAACUGUCGUUGGGCAGAAGAAGUAACACAGCAGCUUGAUACUCUUCAACUCUGCAGUCUCACCAAACAUGAAGAAAAUGAAAAGGACAGAUGUGAAAAUCACCAUGAAAAGCUUAGUGUAUUUUGCUGGACUUGUAAGAAGUGUAUCUGCCAUCAGUGUGCACUUUGGGGAGGAAUGCAUGGUGGACAUACCUUUAAACCUUUGGCAGAAAUUUAUGAGCAGCAUGUCACUAAAGUGAAUGAAGAGGUAGCCAAACUUCGUCGGCGUCUCAUGGAACUGAUCAGCUUAGUUCAAGAAGUGGAAAGAAAUGUAGAAGCUGUAAGAAAUGCAAAAGAUGAGCGUGUUCGGGAAAUUAGGAAUGCGGUGGAGAUGAUGAUUGCACGGUUAGACACGCAACUGAAGAAUAAACUUAUAACCCUGAUGGGUCAGAAGACAUCUCUAACCCAAGAAACAGAGCUGUUGGAAUCCUUACUUCAGGAGGUGGAACACCAGUUGCGGUCUUGUAGUAAGAGUGAGUUGAUAUCGAAGAGCUCAGAAAUCCUCAUGAUGUUUCAGCAAGUUCAUCGAAAGCCGAUGGCAUCCUUUGUUACCACUCCUGUUCCACCAGACUUUACCAGUGAAUUAGUACCAUCUUACGAUUCAGCUACUUUUGUUUUAGAGAAUUUCAGCACUUUGCGCCAGAGAGCAGAUCCUGUUUACAGUCCACCUCUUCAAGUUUCAGGACUUUGCUGGAGGUUAAAAGUUUACCCAGAUGGAAAUGGGGUUGUUCGUGGUUACUAUUUAUCUGUGUUUUUGGAACUCUCAGCUGGCUUGCCUGAAACUUCCAAAUAUGAAUAUCGUGUAGAGAUGGUUCACCAAUCCUGCAAUGAUCCUACCAAAAAUAUCAUUCGAGAAUUUGCAUCUGAUUUUGAAGUUGGAGAAUGCUGGGGCUAUAAUAGAUUUUUCCGUUUGGACUUACUUGCUAAUGAAGGAUACUUGAAUCGACAAAAUGAUACAGUUAUUUUAAGGUUUCAGGUACGUUCACCAACUUUUUUUCAAAAAUGCCGGGACCAGCACUGGUAUAUUACCCAGUUGGAAGCUACACAGACUAGUUAUAUCCAACAAAUAAACAACCUUAAAGAGAGGCUUGCCAUUGAGCUGUCUCGAUCUCAGAAAUCAAGAGAUUUGUCACCACCAGCUAAUCAUCUCAGCCCCCAGAAUGAUGAUGGUCCGGAGACACGAGCUAAGAAGUCUGGGUCAUGCUCGAACAUGCUUCUUGAGAGUGGUCCUACUAUACCUUCUGUAAGAGAGGCCAAAGAGGAUGAAGAAGAUGAGGAGAAGAUUCAGAAUGAAGAUUAUCAUCAUGAGCUUUCAGAUGGAGAUCUGGAUCUGGAUUUUGUUGGUGAAGAUGAAGUAAAUCACCUCGAUGGCAGCAGUUCCUCUGCUAGUUCCACAGCAACAAGUAAUACAGAAGAGAAUGACAUUGAUGAAGAAACUAUGUCUGGAGAAAAUGAUGUGGAAUAUAACAACAUGGAAUUGGAGGAAGGAGAACUCAUGGAAGAUGCAGCUGCUGCGGGACCUCUAGGUAAUAGCCAUGGCUAUGUGGGUGCCAGUAGCAAAAUGUCAAGAAGAGCACAUUUAUGUUCUGCCGCUACCAGUAGUCUAUUAGACAUUGAUCCCUUAAUUUUAAUACACUUGUUAGACCUUAAGGACCGGAGCAGUAUGGAAAAUUUGUGGGGCUUACAGCCUCACCCACCUGUUUCACUUUUGCAGUCCACAGCGUCAUAUUCUCGAAAAGAUAAAGACCAAAGGAAGCAGCAGGCAAUGUGGCGAGUGCCCUCAGAUUUAAAGAUGCUAAAAAGACUCAAAACUCAAAUGGCUGAAGUUCGAUGUAUGAAAACUGAUGUAAAGAAUACACUUUCAGAAAUAAAAAGCAGCAGCGCUGCUUCUGGAGACAUUCAGACAAACCUUUUUUCUGCCGACCAGGCAGCUCUGGCUGCAUGUGGAACCGAAAACUCUGGCAGAUUACAGGAUUUGGGAAUGGAGCUCCUGGCAAAGUCCUCAGUUGCCGGUUGUUAUAUACGAAACUCCACAAAUAAGAAGAGUAAUUCACCCAAGCCAGCUCGGUCCAGUAUAGCAGGCAGUCUAUCACUUCGAAGAGCAGUGGACUCUGGGGAGAACAGUCGUUCAAAAGGAGAUUGUCAGACCCUGUCUGAAGGCUCCCCAGGAAGCUCUCCCUCUGGGAGUAGGCAUAGUUCUCCCCGAGCCUUGACACAUGGGACUAUUGGUGAUAUUCUGCCAAAAACUGAAGACCGACAGUGUAAAGCUUUGGAUUCAGAUGCUGUUGUGGUUGCAGUUUUCAGUGGCUUACCUACUGUUGAGAAAAGGAGGAAGAUGGUCACCUUGAGGUCUAAUGCUAAAGGAGGCCACCUAGAAGGAAUGCAGAUGACUGAUUUGGAAAACAAUUCUGAAACUGGGGAGUUACAACCUGUACUACCUGAAGGAGCUUCAGCUGCCCCUGAGGAAGGAAUGAGUAGCGACAGUGACAUUGAAUGUGACACUGAGAAUGAGGAGCAGGAAGAGCACACCAGUGUGGGCGGAUUUCACGACUCUUUCUUGGCACAGCCCCCAGAUGAAGAUAUGCAUUCCAGUUUUCCUGAUGGUGAACAAAUAGGCCCUGAAGAUCUCAGCUUCAGUACUGAAGAAAACAAUGGAAGGUAAUUGCCAAAUCAAGAGAACUGACUUGCAAGCUACCUUGGCUCUGAAAUAGGCUGUAGUUGGUGCUCAAAUAUGUCAUCAGUCAAAUCAGAUGUGGUUUUAUUUUUUCAUCAUCUCUACCAGAAAUUGUCAUUCAGAAACUGUUAGAAAGCAGCACAAUUCUAGUAUAAGACAGUAGUACACCAGAAAAAGUGGUCACUGUGUGAAGAGUACUUUGUAAUUUAAUGAAACAGCUGUGUAGUCCUCAGUUCAUUUAGCAAAUUAGAACAUUUGCAAAAGGCAGUUUUUUCCUGCAACAGAAGGCUGAUUAACUGCCAGAAAAUGUACCUAGAGACAGUGCGUGUUCUCAGUAACCUGCUUAGCAUUGGCGCCCUUCUGUUUUGGGCUGGACACUCAGUUGUGUUUAAAUGACCUUUAGAUUUUGGGUUUUAAUCACAGUUUAUAGUUUCAUUAGUGCCUGUAGAUUAGUCAACAGAAAAAUUACUUAAGAAUAGAUUCUUGGAGCUGGCUGGUUAACUCACUUGGUAGGAUGUGGUGCUGAUAACACCAAGGUUGAGGGUUCAGAUCCCCAUACCAGCCAGCCAACAAAAACAAAAAGAAUAGAUUCUUCCCUGUAGAUACUUUACAUGAAUAACUGAAGUAACACUAGACUGAAUUUCCUCUUUGGAGUAUGGUGACAGGCUAAAAUUAAUUUAUCUUUUCUGGCUUGUUCUAGUGCAGGCGCACUGUUUCGCAGCACGUAAUCUUUCUGUUGUGUGACUUUUGCGAAUGUAAUUUCAAAUGAAUUAAGUUAAUGUGGCUUGGUUAUGUUCCUUGUCAUGUAAGAUCAUUUAAAAUUAUUUUGUUUUUCUACUUCUUACUGUACAGCUAUAGAGCAACAGAUAUUUUAAAACCCUCUUUUCUUUAUUUUCGUUAGCUGGACAGUGAUUUCAGUGUCAGUACAUUUAAAGAGUUACACAUAUUUCAAAGUGGCUUACAUCAAAGCGAAACUAUGAUAUAAAGUUUUCUUCCAUAUGCCCCAAAUAAUUGCCAAACUUUGCCAUUGUGCUCCUGCAUUUGUGUUUGAGCUGCUAUAUGUUUGUGAAAAUUACACUGAAAGUUGACUGAAACUAUUGAAAAAGCAUGAAUAACUAUAUGUACAUAAGCGAGACAUCUCAUCUGCUUAAUUUUACUUAAUGAAUAUUGUUCACUUUUCCAUGUCUCAUACCUUGCCGGAUGC